AUGGAGUCCGAACAGUUGAGGAUUCGGACAACCGAACUUCUCACGGCCGCAUGUGCAAAUUGGGGAUUGCCAAAGGAAAGCUCAGGCGAUGAGGAGAUAGACAUCUCGACACCCGGCAAACAGGACGCGCUAGAGAUGCUACAAAACGCGUUGCGAUUCGCUCACACCAAUGAGGAGAUCUUUUUGGAGAAAGGACAACCCGCACAGGUGACAGCGAUGCGAUCAAAUUUACAACGUAUCAAUGAGUUGGGUGAUCGAAUUGAUGAGUGUCGAAAGAACCUAGCCGAAUUGCAAAGCUCCUAUUUGGCGGUUACAUCACGAACCAGUGCUCUUCACGAUGCUUGUGAUCGAUCAAUGGCACAUCAGACAGCACUCGCCUCCGGUUCCGAGCAAAUUCGCGCCAACUUGCACUACUUUAAACAAGCGGAUCUCAUCAUGAAGAAGCUCUCGGAUCGUGGCCGAAUCAAUGUGACCGCGCCCGCAUUCUCUUCACUUCUUUCUCUUCUUGACGAAGGACUUCAGUUUUUGAAAGCACAUCCCGAGUACAGGGAGAGCGCCUUGUACAUUCAAAAAUACGAGCAGUGCUUGAGCAAAGCGAUGACCUGGAUUCGAGUGAAAGUGCUAACCGAUCUCGAGGCAUGCGUGAAUUCGGUUAGAAAGAAGCAAGCCGAGCUCUCUGUCGACUGGUCUCGAACCGAUCAUGCAGAUGAGGACACUCGGGCGCUUCUCUAUGGAAUUUUUGCUUCAAAUGCGGCUUCAGUGAGAUGUGCUCUUGGGGUAGCCGAACAACGUUUCUCACAAGUGCCUGAAUUUGAAGCGAUGCUUGCUGAGUGUCACACUGCUUACUUUCAACUACGUGAACAGCUAUUGGUGCCAAUCAUUGAGAGUACGCUGCAAAAACUUGUUCUAUCCCACAGUGAUUCGUGCUGUUCGCUGACUCGAUCCGGAUGUUUAUUUUUGUUGGGUGUAUGCGGGGACGAGUUUCGGCUCUUCCGGCAAUUUUUCGCCACCGAGUUGAACGAUAAUAGCGGCAGUAAAGGAAGAGCCUCUCCAGCUCCAUCAGUGAUUUCAAUGAGAAGCACAGCUGCCACGCACAACUAUACCCUGGCUUUUGAGGCGUUCUCGGAGGGAUUGUCAAGGAUUCUCUACGAUGUACUUCGGCCACUCGUGGUGCACAGUCCACAUUUGGAGACCCUGGCUGAAUUGUGCACAAUUCUGAAGGUUGAAAUGGUCGAAGAGCGAUGUCUGUCAGCUUCCGCCGAUUUCCAAGCGAGUGAUCCAUUUUCGGGUUUUGUCGUCGUUGCCAAUGAACUAGUCGGUGAUGUACAAGAGAGAAUCGUCUAUCGAGCUUCACAAUACUCUCAAAGCGAGAUUCUUGGGUACAAGCCGGCACCGGGCGAUUUGGCGUAUCCAGAGAAGUUGGUGAUGAUGAGACAAAUCGAGGAAGAGCAAAGAUUGAAGAUGAAAGAGAGCGAGGAACAAAACGAUGAACAGUCGACGAGUUCGGCGGUGGAUUUACAUUGUUUGUGGUAUCCAACGGUGCGACGAACGGUGAUGUGUCUCGCGAAACUCUUCAAGUGCCUUGAUUUUGCUGUCUUCGAAUCACUUGCCAGAGAUCUCCUUGCCGCGUGCUGUGUUUCGCUUGACUCGGCCGCGUUGAGUAUCGCUCAAAUGACUGGAACCGAGUCUCGUCGCUCGCGUACCCUCGAUUCUCAUCUCUUCGUCGUCAAACACUUGUUGAUUUUGCGUGAACAAACGGCUCCGUAUCGCUCGGCGGCGGCUCGAUCAACCGAUUCGGCUUUUUCACCCAAAGAUUACUCGCUUUCAUUGUCAAGGGUUCGCAACUCGGCCACUCAAUUUGUCGCCAAUAUGACCACCGAUGCUUUUCUCGAGUUUUUGCUCAGCGUUUCGGCUCCAAUUCAAGUGUCCGAGGUCUCCGGAGAUAGUCGCAGAGUUGUGGACAGCUCGCUUCGAACAAGAUGCAAUCAGUUGAUUGAUUGUUGUGCCGAGUCGCUCGUCGGACAAUUUCACGCUUUUCUUGAAUUGGCUGAUAACGAGUCAAAGAAAGAGAACUUUGACGUUAAAAAGCAUCCGGAGUUGGCCGCGCAAAAAUUCCACGACAUGGCGGCCGAGGUGCAACGGAAUUUGGCCAAAGAGUGGCAAUCGAUACGUUCCUCAUUUUCCCUCUACAUUGGUGUCAACGAUACGGAGGCUAUCUUGUUACAGCCGAUUAAGAAACGAAUCGUCGAGGUGUUCACGCUGGCCACGACAGUCGUUUCUCGUUGUUUCACAGAAGAGGAGGCGCUCAUCGCCGCGCUUCCUUCACAACAACACAUUCAUCUCUUGCUGAAUAAGAUU